GUUUCAUUAAAAGAACAUCAGAGAACGGCUUUAAAGGCUUUUGUUGGUGGAAACGAUGUUUUCGCCCUUCUCCCGACCGGAUUUGGCAAGAGCUUGAUCUACCAAAUGGUUCCUCUGGUAGUUAAGGAAAUGGGACUACUGCAGCACCCCAUCGUUAUCAUCGUGUCCCCGCUGAAUGCUCUCAUAGAGGAUCAGAUCAGAGAGGCUGGAAAAUUUGGUGUAACAGGUAUGCAGCUGGGAGGAAUAAAAGAAAACGACAUCCACGACGGACGUUGCCAACUGGUAUUUGGAAGUCCCGAGUCGUGGCUCAAUGAGAAAUGGAGGAGCAUGCUUGCUUCAGAGGUGUACCAGAAGAACUUAGUGGGGAUCGUAGUCGACGAGGUUCACGUCACGUAUAAAUGGGGCGAAGCUGGCAAAGGGAGUCCAGCCUUCAGAGAGAGCUUCGCCCGGCUGGGAGAACUCAGAUCAAUUGUUAAAGAAGGCACACCUGUCAUGGCUUUGACAGCAUCUGCUGAUAUUGUCAACAGAGGCCGGGUGACCAAGCUGCUGAACAUGGACAAGGCAACUCAAGUGACGGUUAGCCCAAACAGAAGCAACAUCAGGCUUGGGCUGAAGCAUGUUCCUAGUCAUGACCUGGACUGCAUGGAUUGGGUGGUGACGGAGGUCAGAGAGAAGGGACUGUUGAUGUCGCCUAUCAUUAUUUACUGCAGAUCACUCAAGGCAGUUGGAAGUGUGUUCUGCCAUCUCAAAGCUAAACUUGGAGAAGAUGCAUGGGUGAACAGAGAUCCAGAGCGUAAGGCUGAAAACAUGCUGAUCGGAAUGUUCCACAGCAAGACACUGCCACAGUACAAACAGAGAGUGCUGGCAUCCUUUAGGGGUGAGGGUAGCUGCAGGGUUGUUGUUGCUACAACUGCGCUGGGGAUGGGCCUCAAUUUUCCUAAUAUCUCACAUGUCGUCAUGUACGGGGCACCAGAGGAUGUGGAAGACAUAGUGCAACAGGUUGGGAGGGCUGGGAGAAACUCUUUACCUUCACAUGCAGUUUUGUAUAAUAUACAAGCAUCACCAAGGGUUGAUAAAACAGUGAAAGCAUUGAUUCAUGCAGGGAAACGGGGCUGUUUUAGAAAAGCCCUCUUUAGUCACUUUGAAGAGCACACCACAAGCUUGGAGCCGGGUCAUCUCUGUUGCACCUACUGCCACUCGAUGUGUUCAUGUUCAUCUGGUGUUUGUGUAGAGCCUACUCCAAAACAUGAAUCUGUAGAACGAAAUGUGAGUACUAAUCCACUUAGAUCUACAGAGGUGACUGAGGAAGACAAGACUGUGAUCAGGGCCUGCUUACAGCAGUACAGGCGCACUUUAGUCCCAGACCUGCCACUCAUCACGAACAAGACUCUCUGUACUGGGUUUGGCACUGAAGUUAUCGAAGCAGCAGUUGAGCACAGUCCCUAUAUCUUUGACUUGGCUUAUAUUACAAACCACCUUCCAGUAUUUACAGCACGGCAUGCAAGCGAAAUUCUCCUAGUGAUCAGUGAGGUUUUCGGGGAUUUCGAAUACAUAGAGCCUACUUUACCUGAAGAGAGCUUCACAGAGCCUGACAUUGAUUUCACAGGUUAUUUUGAUGAACAAGAUGAGGACUUUGAAAUUGAAACACAACACAGUAGCGGUUCAGAGUCAGAGUGCUGAGCACCCCUCAGCAGCAGGCUAGUAGAUGCUAUUGUACUAAUGUCCUUGAAUGACUGUCACUGCAAACAAUGUAAAUAAUUUUGUGUACAAGUAACAUUAACAAAUGCAAAUAAAAGAUAUGUUUUACUGAAAACUUG